AUCUUAAACCACACUUAACAAAAACACAUCUCUUAGCCACUCUUCUCCACGACAGCUUUGAACAGUCCUUGUCACGAGCACUUCAUUGUGCUUUUGCCCCAUCCCUGUCUUGAGGGAGAAACAGAGGGAGUAAUAUUGAGAUGUCUAAACAUUUAGUUAGAGAAACUGCUAGGGACAUCUCUUUUAAGAUUUUAUUUUUCUUACGGGAAGAGAGAACGUGCGGGCCCUCGUGUGCAAAUGCGUUGCGCGCUAGGGUCACGUAUUACCGGCUCGCCCUCCGACAUAGUUUCCUCUGGCGCGUGGCCACCCCCCGAUGUUUUUUUUGGUGGCUGUCCAGACGAGCGGGCAGCCCCCCCAAAACCACGUGACACGCAGCUCCAGAGGCUCGUAUUUAAACCGGACACACACACACACACACACACACUCACUCACGGCACCGAAGUCUGCUCAGACUCUCAGACACACACAAGCUGCCAGAGGCAAGACAGCGCACGCAAGUGUGCCAACAGACCGAUAGAGUUUAAAAAGCUUUUAAGAUAUUUUACUUAUUUAUCUAUUUUACUUAUUUAUCUAUUUGUCGUUUCAAUUCACCUAUGACCGAUGAGAAACUAGAAAAAACGGCGAGACCCUUUUUUUUUUAGGAACUCCGUCCAGUUACUGAGGACGCGAAGGGAGACGAGGCCACAGCAAGCAGCCUGCUGCAGGGGGGCCGCCAGUGGACCGUGAGAGGGUUCAUCUCUGUCUUCUUUAGGUCACCAAACCAAGUUUACGACUCCGGCGCGGGCAUGGACAGCUCGCGUAACGGGAGCGCAGCUGCUGCCGCACCUCUACUGGACGCUAUCACACGCCGCGCGUCCUCAUCGUCGGCAGACAAGGAGGAGGGCAGCGCGCGACUCUACGUCAUCAUACUCAUCUCUUUCUACGGGAUCUUCCUCAUCGCCGUCAUGAUCGGUUACCUGCGCUCGAAGCAGCGCGACAAGAGAAGGACUAACGUGUUCACGCGCCUCUUGCACGAGGAGGAACAGCGAGAGUGGGGGGGUGCCAGCCUAAAGAAGCACAGCAGCUGCGCGAGCCUCACCUCCAUCCCAGCGGUCUCGAGCCUGCGGUCCGCGGCACACGUUCCACUGCUGCCCGCCGGCCUCCUCCACGAGAACAAGGUGGUGCUGUCGCCCCUGGCGUGCGCGCUCUGCUCGUCCGUGGAACAGAGUAGCGUGAGCUCGCUCUGCUCGUCCGUGGUGGACGCGCGCCUGGCCCUCGAGGAGGAGAGGGACAGCGGCACCGGGGAGGGCCCGGAGGAUCCGGUGGUGAAGGGAUGCAACAACAACAACAACAACAACAACAACAACAACAGCGACGGAUCAUCGGCGGAGAACCUCAAAAG